UGCAAGGUGGCAUAUUCCUGUCCAGACAUUUUGCCUUCUCGGAAACGGAGCCUUCUAAUUUUACAGUGAAGGACUCACUCACUGAUGCAGCAGGAACUAUCGACUGAAUUUCGGAAAUACUCACCGACGAAACCUCUGUCCUCAAAGAAAGACCGGGGUAAGCAAUAUGCGAAAAAACAUCGCGCUUCGAAUGAAGAAACCAUUCCAGCACAAGACGUCGUUCCACGACCCGAAGGCCCGCCCACGUCGCUAACGUACGACAGACGGCGCUCAAGGCGUGCCAUCUAUACCUGCAUCACCAUCGUAGCGAUUAUUGCGGCCAUGAUUGGGCUGGGCUACUACGUCCGCAGUCAUUUUUCUGCCGCGACAAUCACGGACCACGCCGGUUGCUCCAGCGAUGGAUGCAAGAAAGCGGCCGCAGAGAGCAGGAAGAUGGUGAACGAGACCGUUUCACCGUGCGAGGACUUCUACCUUCACGCCUGUGGGAAAUGGAUCUCAAAAUACGAAGAACAUGACUGGUCGUACACUGACCAGCUUUCUUGGGACGCCAUCGACCUGUUCCACGCCACCUUGUACAAGAUGCAGCUGAACGGGACAGAGGACUUGGCAGUGUUGAAUAUGCAGAUGUUCUACAAAUCCUGCUAUGACCAUAUCAUGUAUCCCACUGAAGUUAAGGAGCUACUGCCAAAGGUUCGAGAUGUGCUGUCAUUAAACUCGGAAAGCCUUCGUAGACAACCCAUUGGUUCCCUGUUUAAAUACGUAGUACGUGUGUGUCUCACCGCUGGAAGGGACUGGAUAUAUUCUAUCUCGGCCUACAAAGAAGACACGGGCAUGAUACUCAGCAUUACGCCAGCCAGGUCCCUCCAUGCGAAGCUCAAAGGCAGCACGCCCGUCAUAGAAUAUCUGCGCGAGGUCUUGGAGUAUGACAGCACACUGUUGGAAGAGGUCGCGAAGCUGGACUAUCGUAUGAAAUAUGGCAGCAGUGAAUACGACAACACAUCUUUAGUAACGGUUCAAGAUCUGCCCCGAGUGCCAUCAAAGCUAUCGGGGGAGGACUGGGUGGGUGCCAUCAAUUCAGGCUUAUACAUACCGCAGAGGUUGUCACUCUAUGAUUCUAUUUCCGUGACUGACAUGCCUGCACUAGUGAACAUAACGACACAGUUCUUCACGGAAGACAAGGAACUUGUUUCGGCAUACAUUUUUGCACAGGCGUUCACUCAACUGCUACAAUUCAGUUUCAACAGCAAAGACGACCCGAAGUUUACUUGCCUUGUUGAGUCGUUCAGAAACUUUCGUGAUCCCGUAGCAAACGUUGCAGCAACACUCAUCGGAACACCCGUAACACAAAUGCGGCUUCGUGAGUUCAUCGAUAGAGUACGCAACCACACGCGAGACCAAAUGCUGUCGCCAGGUUGGAUGGACGCUGGGUCCAGGUCCACAGUGAAGACCAAACUGAACACGUUACGGUUCAAGUUCUUCAAACCGAACAAGUACUUUUCAGACCCGAGGGCGCCGAAGAUGACUUCAAACUUUCUGAAGAAUUAUCUUGAUAUUGUGCAGUACAACAAGCGAGAAAGUAUUCGGUACCCCUUACCAGAUCCUGCGAGACCGGGACAACUUAGCGCCUUCUACCAAUCCACGCUGUAUUGGAAAGAUGUGGGCGUGGUCACAAUGUCGAUUACGGACGUCAUUGAUCCUCUCUAUAUGGAUGACCGUGAGGAUGACUUUCAUAAUUAUGCGACAACAGGUGCAGCAAUUGCUCGGCUUCUGUACCAAGCUGCCUUGGAGACUGAAAGUGCUUUUGACAGUAUUACUACGAAGAUUCACUCGUGGACGGAAAAUGCGCGCAAGUCCUACAAUCGCAGCGCGGACUGUUACAUCUCAAGGUUCCUCCAGGACAUGAAGUUCCAGGGCGAAGACAGUGCGGACCUCCGCGUCAUGCUCUACUCCAUGGCGAAAGGUUUAAAGGUUGCGUCCCAGCUGGCGGGACUGCAGGGCAAUGCGACUCAACGCCUUUUCUUUUAUCGCUAUUGCCAGCGAUUCUGCAGCACCAGACGCGACGAGGCAACGUUGCUGAAAGCCAGGCAUUUCUGCGAGGUGCCUCUCGUCGACCAUAAAAAGUUCCUUGUGGCUUUCGACUGCGGUCCCGAGACGCGUUUAGGAGCGCUUAAGCCCUGCGAUGAAUCUUAGCUGUCGCCCCGUUUCCUUUGUUUAAUUGUGUACCCCGUUUAUAGGAUAUCGAUUAAACUAUAGGAUCAGUAAAUGACAAAA